AUGGAUAACAGAGUUGAAGAUGAACAUGAGGAGGAAAUGGACUUCCAUCUUGGGACUGCUGAUGAUAGCAGUUCGGAUGAUGAAAACACGUCGUCGAAUUCAAGUUUAUCAUCAAUGGGAAAGGAUAUUGGUGGUGAUGCACAAAGAGAUGCAUUGGGAGAUGGCAACUGUAGUUAUGAAAAGGAUAUAUUUACGAGAAUGGCAGCUGGUGCAGAGAUGAACAAUACAUUGGAUGAGUACUGGGAGAUAGUCAAAAAGACCUUUGCAACUGAAGGGGAGGCAUACAUUUUCUACAACAAGUAUGCGAGGGACAAGGGUUUUAGUGCCGGAAAGCAGAAGGUGAGGCGUGCCAAGCACUCUGGACAACUAUUGUUCAGGCGGUUCUUGUGUUCUCGAGAAGACGAGCGAGAAACAAAGUGGCUAGAAAGGAGGAUUUAA